GAGGAGAGCUCCAUCUACCCAAGUAUUUUCCUCACAGACAUGUGGUGACUGAAGUUAAAUCUUUGGCAGAUGGUUUGUGGGUGAUAUAUCUGCGAGUGCUUCAGAUUUCUCCUACAAGAUGUGUUCCACAAAUCCAGCCAACUGGGUUACCUUUGAUGAUGAACCACUCUUCCAGUCACCUCAGAAACUGGUGCAUAAUCAGAGCAGUUGUAAAGCAAACGGACUGAAACUCAAUCUCUCUACUGUGCAUGAAUCUUCGAGUCGAUCAUCUUCUACAGGUAGCACUCCACUCUCAUCUCCUGUAGUUGACUUCUACCUGAGUCCUGGCCCACCCAGUAACUCUCCACUUACUACGCCUACUAGAGAAUACCCAGGCAUCCAGAAGCACGGGAUUCAUGUCCUUUAUCCUAUUCCUGAAUGGCCACCAAGUGCUAACCCUCCAUCACCUGGGGUUUGCUCUUCCCUAGCCUUGCAGAAACCCAGCAGCCUUCUUUUGACUAAUGAUGGUUCAGUUAAGACUUCAGUCUCCAAAUCAGUAGAUGAAGGAAACACUGAUCUGCAAGGAAGCUGUGACAAGUCAGAAGAGUCAUCAGCAGUGGGGCAGUUCCCAUACUUCCAAACCGACUGUGGUUUUUCCAGUCCCUUUUGGAAUGAAGGAUGCUCACUCAGCACAUCACCAGCUAACAUUAAUGUGUACGGGAAAGAUAAAGUACUUGAUAAAGGCACUUGUCAUUCUAAAGAAAAAGAGCUUUGCCAUGAUCAGAAGAGCCUUAACCAGGGCUCCUUCAGCUACAUCUGUGAGAGGCUUGAACACCUGCAAUUUGAUGGCUCUGAUGCUGUGGGAACUCUGCCCAUCUCCAGUUCUCAUGAAUGGCACAAAGAUCCCCCAGCUGUUCCUCACAGCCUGUUCAGGAGCCGGAAAGCUGAUGGAUGGCCGUUCAUGCUGAGGAUUCCUGAAAAGAAGAAUAUGAUGUCAUCUCGGCAAUGGGGCCCUAUUUACCUUAGAGUCCUGGCUGGAGGAAUAUUACAGAUGUACUAUGAAAAAGGACUCGAAAAACCUUUCAAAGAAUUCCAGCUUCAGCCACACUGUAGGCUAUCUGAACCCAAAUUAGAGAGCUAUAAUGUUUCAGGAAAAAUUCACACCGUAAAGAUUGAGUGUGUAUCUUAUACAGAGAAAAGGAGGUAUCAUCCUAAGGUAGAAGUGAUCCAUGAGCCAGAGGUUGAGCAGAUGUUAAAGCUGGGAACCACAGAUUAUAAUGACUUCACUGAUUUCCUUGUAACAGUUGAGGAAGAGCUUAUGAAGCUUCCUACUACUUCUAAACAAAGGAGAAAUUAUGAAGAACAAGAAAUGACUCUGGAAAUAGUGGAUAACUUUUGGGGAAAGGUCACUAAAGGAGAAGGAAAGCUCGUAGAAAGUGCUGUUAUCACACAUGUUUAUUGUUUGUGUUUUGUGAAUGGAGGUACUGACUGCUUUCUAACUCUAAAUGACCUGGAACUCCAGAAGAGGGAUGAGCGUUACUUUGAGAAGGAGGUGGAGAAGAAAUGGAUCAAGAUUCUUGAUUGCCAUUUCCACAACUGUGUCAAAAUACAGGAAUUUGAGCAAUUGCGAAUUAUCAAGUUUACACCCCCUGAUGCCUGUAGGCUGGAGCUAAUGCGUUUCAGGACACAGUAUCAUGGAGAAGACCUUCCAUUUUCUCUGAAGGCAAUGGUUGUAGUUCAGGGGGCAUAUGUAGAACUUCAGGCUUUUAUAAAUAUGUCUUCAACUGCUCUGAUCCCAACACGGUUGCCCUCUGUGAAAUGCUGUGAAAAUGUUAUGAUACACUUUCCGGUUCCUGCACAGUGGGUCAAAGCACUUUGGACCAUGAACUUGCAAAGGCAGAAGUCCCUAAAAGCAAAAAUGAACAGAAGAACGUGCCUUGGUUCUUUACAUGAGAUCGAAUCUGAUCCUGUAAUACAAGUCUCAAUUGGAACGGCAAAAUAUGAGAGUGCCUACAGGGCUGUUGUGUGGAAGAUAGACAGGCUUCCAGAUAAAAACUCAAGUAAAUAAUUCGCUCUAUAAAUUGAUGGGCUUGGGUGCACGUCUUCUCAGGGUUUUUGUUCUUACACUUGUCUGCAUAAUUUUUUUAUUUAAGGGCAUUUUCCCAAUUCAGUGGAGUCAGUAAUUGUAAGGUUACAGUAGCAUGAAAGUGGAUCUCAUCAUUUUGAGUAAACCUCAAGCCUGGAGUAAGAAAAGAUGGAAGGGUUUAAGCUUCACAGAUUUCUGCUCGACAGUGGUGCCAACCCAGUGCCACACAGUUAAUAGAAAGGGUGGUAUUGGAACUGCUGCAUUGUGGCUUUCUAGUCUCUGUUAUUAAAUGGUAGAUAUAAUCUUUAACUAGAAAGUGCCAUGUCAAACUCGGAGCAGUUUGUCUGUGCUUCUGCAAAGGCUGUUAUCUACUGCCUCCUCUAUGGGUUUGUGCAUUGAGGUGGUGUGUUUGUGGCAAUUACUGCACUGCCAAAGAAUGACUCCCACUUCAUUCCGGUUGCUCUCUGAUGGUGAUACCUCAGUAGAUACUUACAGCAAUAAAGCCAGCUAGAUUUAUACUCAUGGACAUCGGAAUUGUUAAUAUUUCACUAAGUAAAAUAGUUGGCUCCCUUUUGCUUUAGUUGCAAAAAGAAAUAUAAUUUAGAGACACAGGAACAUAGAAAUAUAUGGUUUUAAAAUUCCUAUUUUUUUUAUCAUAUUGAUGACAGAGGACUGGAGCACCUCUCCUGUAAGGAAAGGUUGAGGGAACUGGGCUUGUUUAGCUUGGAGAAGAGAAGGCUCCAGGGAGACCUCAUUGUGGCCCUUCUGUACUUAAAAGGAGCGUAUCAACAGGAGCGGGAAUGGCUGUUUAUGAGGGUGGCUCGUGAUAGGACAAGGGGGAAUGGUUUUUAAACUGAGACAGGGGAGGU